AUGUUGCACAAGGAAGAGGUUAAGUCUACUCCCGCGAAAGGUCCGAACUUGUCAGGUAAAUCUACAGAUAGUAAAGAGGGAGAUUAUGACAAGCAUCAAGGGUCUCAGUCCGACCAAAGCUUUUGCGCUACCGCUAGCUUGUCCCUUAUCCCUAGAUUCCCCUCGGUACCCAAAUUUCUGUUAGCUACCGCUCGAAUUUAUGUUCGUGGUCCCCAUGGUCAGCAAGUUUUAGUGAGAUCCUUGGUUGAUCAGGGCUCUCAAAGUUCCUUGAUAACUCACUCGCUUUGCGAUACGUUGAGUCUCAAAACUCACCCAGCUAGUAUUUCGUUGACUGGUGUAGGUGAUUCUUCUACGACCUCUGUUCGGAAGAGAACCUAUAUAACUUUCCAACCUCACUUCGAAUUGAGUUUUAAGUGUGAUACCGAGGUCCUAGUAGUUCCGAAAAUUUCUUCUUAUAAGCCUCCAAUUUCAAGGAGCUUACUAACACUACCUCACAUUCAAGGACUCCAACUUGCAGAUCCUGACCUAUACGCUCUAGAUAAAAUAGACGUUCUACUCGGAGCCUCGGUCCAUGCUCAUGUUAUUCAAAACUCGAUUCGAUGGGGCCCUGCAAAUCAACCUAAUGCCUCCGCAUCCAGCAUUGGAUGGUUACUGUCCGGACCUGUGCCCCAUCCACCGGAAAAUGUCCCUUCUGCGAAGCAAGAAAAUCACAUGAUCACUGCCCAACCCGAAGAGGUUACCGUAAUGCACAUCUCUAAAGACCUUGAUCUAAUUGAAAUAGUGCAACGAUUUUGGUUAGUCGAAGAACCCCUCUUCAUACCAGAGCUCAAGGAAGAGGAUCUUCAUUGCGAGGAACAUUUUGUUCACACGCACUCGCGAUCCUCGGACGGUCGAUUUGUGGUCAGACUUCCGUUUAAAGGUCAAGUUGCCGACGCUUUUUCCCUUCGGGAAAGCUCUUAUAACACGGCGCUCUCUAUGUUUCGCCAACAAGAAAAAAGGUUUAGGAAUAACCCUCACCUGUUCGAGUCAUACAAGACCUUUAUGGCUGAGUACCUGGCUCUUGGUCACAUGCGCGAAGUAUCGAAUUCGAGCCUAGCGAAGUGUUUUCUUCCUCAUCAUGGAGUUUUGAAGACCAAUACGCCAACUCCUAAGCUGCGAGUUGUCUUUAAUGGCUCUGCUAGAAACAGAGGUGGUCUGUCUUUGAACUCCUUACUCCACACAGGUCCAAAUCUCCUGUUAACUCUUUUCGAGCUGAUUCUCAGGUGGAGAACACUCCUCCUGGCAAGUGGCCUCUCGGGAGAGUCGAAGAUGCUUUUGAAGACCCAAAGGCGCUGGUGCGAGUCGUAA